GGUUCACGUGGGGGGGAAACGGGAAGAAAACAGCAUAGGGGGAAAGUGGAAGCGAUUUUUGUGAUGUGUUGUUAAAUUUCCAUUGCCAAGAUGUCGGGCCACGAUCAGCUGGCCCACUAUUUGUGUGAGUUAACAAGUUUACUGUGGAAGUUGUUGCUGCCUCUGCUGUUCCUCUGUGUUCUGCUCGUUGCUGUCCUGGUCCUGCUGGUGCUGGCAGUGCGUUUCUGGCUGCAGAGCAACAGGACUGUGCGGCGAGCAAGGGACGGACGUCCCACUGUGGCCUUCUUUCACCCUUACUGUAAUGCUGGGGGAGGAGGAGAGAGGGUGCUUUGGUGUGCUAUCAGAGCGCUGCAGAACAGGUAUGCAGAUAUCAAUUUUGUGGUGUACACAGGGGACCUGGGGGUGACAGGCCAGCAGAUCCUGGAGGGAGCACGACGUCGCUUCAACAUCCUGCUCCCCCGCCCGGUUCACUUUGUGUUCCUGAGGCACCGGCUGCUCGUGGAGCCCGGACUGUUUCCUCACUUCACCCUGCUGGGACAGAGCGUGGGAUCUGUCUUCUUGGGGUGGGAGGCACUGACAGAGUUUGUCCCAGACAUUUACAUCGACUCCAUGGGUUAUGCCUUUACUCUGCCUCUGUUCCGCUACCUGGGAGGCUGCAGCGUGGCUAGCUAUGUUCACUACCCCACC